GGUGAAACUGAAAAACACAGAAGCAAACAAAGAGAGAAAGAAAGGAAGAAAAAGAACAGAAAGAGCUUCUCCUCUGCAACUGAACUGAAGAGCGCCGAUUUUUCUUCUUUGUUUCCAUUGAAAUGGUAAAAUCUAAGUGUAACCCAUGAAGCUUUAACGCCUAUUCUUCCAUUCUAGCCGUUUUUCUGUUCUUGUUCUUUGAAGAUUUCUUCGCCAUUUCCACGCUUCUUUGGCUACUGGGGCUUCUUCUUCCAUUGCAACUCUGUUGAUGAUUGAUGGUGUCGUUGGAGAAGCUUUUUUGAUGGAUUUCGAAUGGUUUAUUAGGGGGAAAUCGUGUUUAGUGAUCUAUUGAGUUUUUGGCUUGGAUCUUGAGAGAUAUGGAAAACGAAGAAAUAGCUCAGAAAAGCAAUAAAUCUGGUGAGACAGAUUUUGUGUUGCAGUGGGGGAAUAGGAAGAGGAUGAGAUACAUGAAGGUUAAGGAACCACAAAGAAUUAGUAGUAAAUCCGAUUGUUUAGGGAAGAAGAAAGUUUCUUCCAAAGGGGAUCGCCGAGUUCUUACAGCUAAUGAGAAACCUUCAUCAGCGCACCAAACACAUCGCCUUAACAAGAACAUUGUUUCACCAACUAACAAUCAAAGAACAUCCGUAACAUCACUCGAGAAGGAAGAUCGAUACUAUACGACGAGGGGUUCAAUGGGCGUGGAUGAAAAAGCCUCAAUGGAUCACACGACAGGGAAUGACCGAAAAGGGUUUGUGUGGCCAAGGCUCUACAUUUCUCUAUCUAGCAAAGAGAAGGAAGAAGAUUUCAUGGCUAUGAAAGGGUGUAAACUUCCUCAAAGGCCUAAGAAGAGAGCCAAGUUACUACAGAAAAGCUUAGUUCUGGUGAUGCCGGGCUCGUGGCUAUCGGACCUGUGCCAAGAGAGGUAUGAGGUUAGGGAAAAGAAGACCUCAAAAAAGAGACCCAGAGGAUUGAAGGCAAUGAGAAGUAUGGAUAGCGACUCAGAAUGAGAGACACAGAUAGAAAGACAUAUGGGAUUGAAUAACAUAACCUCUUGUUUGGUAGCCAUAUUUUGGUGAAAUUGAUAGCCCAUUUUUCAGAACUGAGAUGAUAUUAUUGUAAGUCACCCAAUUUCUUGUAGUGCUAUUUGUUUGGUAAUUGGCUAAUUCAGUAAAUUUAAUUCUAGAAAUCAUUACUUUUUGGAUUCU